UUUUUAAAGCCCUGCCUUGAGGCUUGAGGCUUGUUUUAGAAAGUAUAGAUAGAUUGGUGAUAGUUUUGUUUAUAAUCAAGAUGACAGUUUCAAGUUUUAUGUUUCUGGUCUUUUUUUGUCACCAAUUGGUGCUCUAUGGACUUGCUUUUCCAGUUGGUCGUCAUUUGUACCCAACUGGUAUUGAGCAAGUACGCUUGGAGGGCAAAGAUGGUUCCUUGUCUUGUCCUUAUUUUAACAACCAACGUCCAAUACAGCCAGUGGUAGCAAAGUGUAAUAUGGCUAUUGUGGUGUCUUUGAAUAAUGCAUCUGGGGUAGUUGUCCAAAAAGGCAUUGAUGGGAAUUUGACUGAGUCCAGCCCUUUAAUUGUUGAGGCUGAUGGGAAAUUGGCAAAAUCCAGCCCUGUCCCUGCUGAAAAAUGCAGCCCUCUUCCUGCCAAGGUUAAUGGAAAGUUGACGGAGUUAAGGCCUGUCCCUGCUGUAGAAUCCAGCUCUCUCCCUGCCAAGGUUGAUGGGAAGUUGACUGAAUCAAGGCCUGUCCCUGCUGAAGAAUCCAGCUCUCUCCCUGCCAAGGUUGAUGUGAAGUUGACUGAAUCAAGCCCUGUCCCUGCUGAAGAAUCCAGCUCUCUCCCUGCCAAGGUUGAUGUGAAGUUGACUGAAUCAAGCCCUGUCCCUGCUGAAGAAUCCAGCUCUCUCCCUGCCAAGGUUAAUGUGAAGUUCACUGAGUCUAGCCCUCUUCCCACUGAGAAAUCCAGUGCUCUCCCUGCCAAGGUUGAUGGGAAGUUGACGGAGUCAAGGCCUGUCCCUGCUGAAGAAUCCAGCUCUCUCCCUGCCAAGGUUAAUGUGAAGUUGACUGAAUCAAGCCCUGUCCCUGCUGAAGAAUCCAGCUCUCUCCCUCCCAAGGUUAAUGUGAAGUUGACUGAAUCAAGUCCUGUCCCUGCUGAAGAAUCCAGCUCUCUCCUUGCCAAGGUUAAUGAAAAGUUGACAGAGUUAAGGCCUGUCCCUGCUGUAGAAUCCAGCUCUCUCCUUGCCAAGGUUGAUGGGAAGUUGACUGAAUCAAGCCCUGUCCCUGCUGAAGAAUCCAGCUCUCUCCCUGCCAAGGUUAAUGUGAAUUUGCCUGAGUCUAGCCCUCUUCCCACUGAGAAAUCCAGUUCUCUCCCUGCCAAGGUUGAUGGGAAGUUGACGGAGUCAAGGCCUGUCCCUGCUGAAGAAUCCAGCUCUCUCCCUGCCAAGGUUAAUGUGAAGUUGACGGAAUCAAGCCCUGUCCCUGCUGUAGAAUCCAGCUCUCUCCUUGCCAAGGUUGAUGGGAAGUUGACUGAAUCAAGCCCUGUCCCUGCUGAAGAAUCCAGCUCUCUCCCUGCCAAGGUUAAUGUGAAGUUGACUGAGUCUAGCCCUCUUCCCACUGAGAAAUCCAGUGCUCUCCCUGCCAAGGUUGAUGGGAAGUUGACGGAGUUAAGGCCUGUCCCUGCUGAAGAAUCCAGCUCUCUCCCUCCCAAGGUUAAUGUGAAGUUGCCUGAGUCUAGCCCUCUUCCCACUGAAAAAUCCAGCUCUCUCCCUGCCAAGGUUGAUGGGAUGUUGACGGCGUCGAGCCCUGUCUCUGCUGAAGAGUCCAGCGCUCUUCCUGCCAAGGUUGAUGGGAAGUUGCCUGAGUCUAGCCCUCUUCCCACUGAGAAAUCCAGCUCUCUCCCUGCCAAGGUUAAUGUGAAGUUGACUGAGUCUAGCCCUCUUCCCACUGAAAAAUGCAGCCAUCUUCCUGCCAAGGUUGAUGGGAAGUUGACGGAGUCAAGCCCUGUCCCUGCUGAAGAAUCCAGCUCUCUCCCUGCCAAGGUUAAUGUGAAUUUGCCUGAGUCUAGCCCUCUUCCCACUGAGAAAUCCAGUGCUCUCCCUGCCAAGGUUGAUGGGAAGUUGACUGAAUCAAGCCCUGUCCCUGCUGAAGAAUCCAGCUCUCUCCCUGCCAAGGUUAAUGUGAAGUUGACUGAGUCUAGCCCUCUUCCCACUGAGAAAUCCAGUGCUCUCCCUGCCAAGGUUGAUGGGAAGUUGACGGAGUUAAGGCCUGUCCCUGCUGAAGAAUCCAGCUCUCUCCCUCCCAAGGUUAAUGUGAAGUUGCCUGAGUCUAGCCCUCUUCCCACUGAAAAAUCCAGCUCUCUCCCUGCCAAGGUUGAUGGGAUGUUGACGGCGUCGAGCCCUGUCUCUGCUGAAGAGUCCAGCGCUCUUCCUGCCAAGGUUGAUGGGAAGUUGCCUGAGUCUAGCCCUCUUCCCACUGAGAAAUCCAGCUCUCUCCCUGCCAAGGUUAAUGUGAAGUUGACUGAGUCUAGCCCUCUUCCCACUGAAAAAUGCAGCCAUCUUCCUGCCAAGGUUGAUGGGAAGUUGACGGCGUCGAGCCCUGUCUCUGCUGAAGAAUCCAGCUCUCUCCCUGCCAAGGUUGAUGGGAAGUUCACUGAGUCUAGCCCUCUUCCCACUGAAAAAUGCAGCCAUCUUCCUGCCAAGGUUGAUGGGAAGUUGACGGAGUCAAGCCCUGUCCCUGCUGAAGAAUCCAGCUCUCUCCCUCUCAAGGUUAAUGUGAAUUUGCCUGAGUCUAGCCCUCUUCCCACUGAGAAAUCCAGCUCUCUCCCUCUCAAGGUUGAUAGGAAGUUGGAGUUGAGCCCAGUCCCUGCUGAAGAGUCCAGCUCUCUCCCUGCCAAGGUCGAUGGGAAGUUGGAGUUGAGCCCUGUCUCUGCUGAAGAAUCCAGCUCUCUUCCUGCCAAGGUUGAUGGGAAGUUGUCGGAGUCAAGCACUGUACCCGUUGAGGUUGAUGGGAAGCUGACUGAAUCAAGCCCUGUCCCUGCUGAAGAAUCCAGCUCUCUCCCUCUCAAGGUUAAUGUGAAGUUGACUGAGUCUAGCCCUCUUCCCACUGAAAAAUGCAGCCAUCUUCCCUGCCAAGGUUGA